GUAAGCAAAUAUACAAAGGUGGGGAUAGGGUUGUAUAAAAGUACAAAUGUCUACUUUUGUUAAGUCAUCAAAUGUGUAAAGGAGGCAUAAUAUAAAAGUUUGAAAAGUAUUUUGGAGUUAUGCUGUCAAGGGCUUUGACUGCUCAGCUAAGGAGUUUGUUAAGUAGUCUUCUAAUCAGUAUUCAAACUAUGAUUCAGUGGGUUUUUUUUGUUUGUUUUUUUUUUUACUUCUUAGUGGCUUAUAGAAGAGAUGAUAUAUGGUCUGAUGGACGCUAUGAAUAUGACAGACUUCCAAGAGAGCGCUUGCCUCCUCGCAGUCAUCCUGAGGAUGACUACCUUAGAGUAGUUAAUAUUAUAUCCAAGAAACCACCACUGCUAGACAAACCUGGUGAAGGAGGCUACAAUAGAUAUGAUUACAAUCUUGUUGAUUACCAAGAAUAUGACGAGGGCCGCAGUUUUUCUCAUGAUCGAAGAAGUGGUACACCCCACAGAGGCGAUGAGCCCAGCUAUCGAUGGACAAGGGAUGAUCAUCCUAUAAGUAGACAGCCUGACUAUAGGGGCUGUGGCACUGGAACAAAAGCUCUCAAGGUGGAAAGACUCAUUUUGGAAAGAGUGUGGUCUUGGCAACAGAUCAUGUCUGCUACUUACGGAACAAUCUUGCAAAAUAUCACCCUGGCUGGGUCCUCAGCACCAUUAUACAAUGACCAACCUGAAGAGCCUGAGACAAAUGCCACAGAUAGUAUAGAACUGUUUGAAGACAACCAAGUAACCAGUCGCUCAAAAGCAAUAGCAUCAAAGACCAAAGAAAUUGAACAGGUUUAUCGACAAGACUGUGAAACUUUUGGGAUGGUUGUGAAAAUGCUCAUUGAUAAAGACCCUUCAUUAGAAAAGUCUGUGCAGUUUGCCUUGAGACAGAAUUUACAUGAAAUAGGGGAACGAUGCAUUGAAGAACUGAAGCAUUUCAUUACAGAGUAUGAUGCUGCCAAUCAAGAAUUUGGAGAGUCUUUCUAAGAAUUCAUGCUGAGGCAAAAGAUAAUGUACUUCUUUGUUGUGUAUGUGUGUGUGUGUGUGUGUUUUUUUGGAUUGUAUAAAUCCUUAAUAUAUGGAAAACGUUUGUGGGUAGUUAGGGGGAUAUUUUACUACACUUAGCCACACAUUUAGAUAUCUUUAUCAUUAUUAUAUAAAAGAAUAUCUAAAACUUUUUA